CCACCGACCGGAGCUUCACUACCUGAGACCAGUAAGAAAAAACUCAUCGACCACCAUGACGCCGUCUCUGCACCGCCUCACCUCCUCCAUGGCCACUACUUUAGCCCCUCCUUCACACACUCUUUCCCCUCCAAAACCACCGAACCAAAAGCUGCAAACCCUCACACCACGUGACGACAAGCACCAUGGGCGCCUUUACCUCCGAAACGGCAUUGCUCGCAGAGACGCCGUUUUUCUCUCGCUCCUCUCUCUCUUGCCCUCCCUCUCUCGGCCUGAACCAGCAGCUGCAUUCUCCAUCGGAAUCUCAGGACCGAAGGAGUGGCUGAAAGAGCAGAAGAAGAAGUCCUCCAAGUUUCUCUUGGCUCCGAUUGAGGCCUCUCGAGAGAGCCUGCGCGCGGCUUACCUCAUUCUCACUAAGGCUUCUGAGAGUACGAGUGAUGAUUUGGAGGAAGUUCAGAGCUUGUUUAGGUCAGCUGCUAGGGACUGCGUCGCAGAGGACAGAAAUUCGUUCGUUGCUUUUCAAGCCAAUACAGGAGUAGAGGUCUGCACAUUCAAGUUGAUUGUGAAGAAUGCAGCUUCCUUGCUUGCUGAUAAGGACCCUGUAAAGUUAGAAGCUGAAGCUAUGCUUGAUCAUCUUAUUAGAUCUUUCUCAUCUCUGAAUGGUCUGACAAGCAAGAGUGAUCUUCAAGACACUACCUAUAGAGCGAGAGUUGCUGAUGCACUGACGGAUACCAUAUCUUCUCUGGAAAAAUUCGAGCAGGGCAUCAAGGAUUGCCUUGAAAUAUGAGCAUAUGGUUCUAUUCAGCAUUAAGAUCUCACUUGAAGCUUUCAGAUUUAGCUUAUGAAUCUGAUUGCAACACGCAAAAUAGUGGAAAUCUAGAAGAUGGUCCUCAAUGAUUUUCAUUGUUAUUUGUGUGGGAGAGUAAAAUCAUGUACUUCCUUUUGAUAUGAUUAACCAUACCUUGGUAUUGGAAGAUCCCUUUCAAUUUCUUAUUUCAUCAAAUUAACAUAUACAUGCUUCCCAUUUUUAAGAAUAUUGUAACAUUGACAUGAAAAGAAACAGCCUACUUGCAUAGUCUGCCA